AUGGAUGCAAGGUCCUCCUGGAUCGUUUAUUUCGGAUUUAUCGCGCUUGUUGUGUCGCAAGGUUGGGCCAUCGAUUGUUUCAAGUGUGUGUCGAUCGACGGUGACAAUAAGCCCUGCGACGACCCGUUUCACAACAAUGGAAGUCUCGCCUUCUUAGAGUCGCCCUGCUUGGGAGGUCGAAAAGGGCGCGAUGGUCUUUUCCCCGCAACUGCGUGCAUCAAAAUAGCAGGCAUAUAUGACGAGUCCGGGAUCUCUUUGACGGUGAGAAGCUGCGCGCUGGACAGCGGAACUCUGACGACCGACUCCGAAAUCAUAAGAAUGUCUCACUGCGGAGGGUUCUACUUCGACAACAAAUACGUUCGUGGCUGCGUUCAAUCUUGCAGCGAUGCGGACGCCUGCAAUGAAUCCUCGGGACAAGCAGCCUCAUUCGUACUUUUAACUCUAUCGAUUUUUGCCGGACUAAUUUGACUGAGAUGCCCCACGUAAAAGAAGAAAAAAAAAAGGAAAAGAAGAAAAAAAAAAGGAAAAGAAGAAAAGAAGAAAAAAAAGCAACACGUUAAUGAAAUUACCA